AUGUAUGGUCGGGAGCCACGGCUGUCAACCGAGAUCACAGGUGACCUUCCUCAUGAGGUUGAGGUUGACGGGCCUGGUGAGGGCGCCUUUGAAGACUACCUCCAGACCAGGGCCAACAAUGAUGAGGAGGUUUUCGACAAGGUGCGACUCAACGUGGAGAAAGCCCAGGAGAAACAGCAGGAGGCCUACCGGAGGAGGACCAAGAAUGGGACCAAGCGCUUCAAAGUCCUCCCAGGCAUGGAGGUGUUGAAGAAGGACGAGAGGAAGCGUGGGAGACCUGGACGCACAAUGGAUCCAGACUGGCCAACGAAGGUGACUGAGGUUGGAGACAACAACUUGGUGCAGUUGGAGACCUUGGACGGCCAACCUCUGAAGACCAGGACACCCUAUGCCUCAGUGAAGCCUCUGCGGAAGAAUGAGUGUAACUUACAGCACAGAUUCCGAGCUAGCCCCCCCACAGAGGAAGCUGUGUCCCAUCCACCCGAGCCAGUGGGUUCUGAUGACCCUGAACUGCUGAGCUCUGAGCCGGAGGGGGACUCACUUCAGGCUACAUGCAUUGGACUCCAGGAGCCUGUGUCCCAUCCAACUGAGACAGUGUGUUUGGAUGGGCCUGAACUUCUGUGCUCAGAGUUGGAGGAGGACUGUCUUCAGGAUGUCCAGGACUGUGAUGAUGUCAUCAUCACAGGUGUUAAGCGGGGGUUGGCCUGUCCAGCUUCACUGAGCAGGGUGGAGGUACUAAGGGCCACAGUUCUCUCCCCAUGUUGUUGGCUGGAUGAUGUUGCCAUUGACCACUCCCAGGCUCUCUUACAGGCACAACAUCCCCAUGUAGGAGGCCUCUACACCACAGCAUCCCUCGCCUUCCUCUCCUCUGUGCCUGCAUCAACCCAGGGGUUUGUUCAGAUUUUAAAUGUUUGUGCGAACCACUGGGUAACGGUCCCCAGGUCCGCCUGCAGUGGCCUGAUGUCCAGCAGCAGAGAGGCAGCUCAGAUUGUGGGCUGUUUGCAAUCGCUAACAGUCUCGCUCUCUGCAGAGGUGAGGACCCAGCAUGCGUGGAGUAUGAACAGUCCGCUAUGCGUCACCACCUCUUUUCCUGCUUUCAGGCUGGGCACCUGACACCAUUCUCCAGCUCCACACGGUGUCCCACGGCCAAGCCAGUGUACGCUAUGGAGGUUAGCGUGCACUGCAUCUGCAGGAGGACCAUCCGGAAGGGAGUCGAGCCCCUGGUUUCUUGCAGGAGGUGUAGCAAAUGUGUUUAGGACCAUUCAGGAGUUGUCAAGAUGCAGCAAUUAUGUCAACCUCUGUUACAUUGUUCAGCCACUGCCAAUUUAUUUUAUAAAAUGUAACACUUUUUAUGAAACCCAUAUGCAGAAGGCAUUACGGUAUAUAGCAUAGUGCAUGCAGUUCUAAUUGAGUUCCAGGGAUGUAUGUAGUCAUACUAUAUGUAUACAAUAAAGAAUUAUAAACA